AAGAAAAGUCAAAUGUCACUUUUGCCGGAUUGUUUCUAUGUCUGAAAAAGGUGUUAAGUGUGUUUUGAAAAAAUAUUUAUUUAUUUUUAAGGACCAUGGAUAAUUCAACGAUAUUCGAAGGGUUGAAAAAGUUCUUCAGAUUUGAUACGUUCAAAUCUAAACUACAGGAAGAAGCAGUCAUUGAAGUUUGCCAAAGAAAUCACGAUGUAUACAUUUCAAUGCCUACAGGAGCUGGAAAAUCGUUAUGUUAUCAACUUCCAGCAGUACUGCAUGAUAAAAUGAUAACAAUAGUUUUUUCACCACUACUUGCAUUGAUUAAAGAUCAAGUAGAUUCGUUGAUAAGUUUAAAAAUAAGGGCAGCAUCAUUGAAUUCAAAGAUAUCAAAAAAUGAAAGGGAGAGCCUUAUUGCCGAUCUAAAAUCAACUUCCCCUAAUACUAGGCUAUUAUAUGUGACACCCGAACAAGCUGCUACCAAAACAUUUAAGGAACUGUUUGCUAAUUUAUAUAAAUUUAACAAAAUUGCAUAUAUAGUUGUGGACGAAGCUCACUGUGUAAGCGAAUGGGGUCACGAUUUCAGACCUGAUUACCUGAAAUUGGGAAACUUGAGAGAAAACUGCUCAGUACCUUGUAUUGCCUUAACUGCUACAGCUAGUGCUCAGGUAACCAAAGACAUCAUUAAAAGUUUAAAAUUAACCGAUCACAAAACAUUUAAAACAUCAUGCUUUAGGAGUAAUUUAUUCUAUGAUGUAUAUUUUCCUAAUAUGCUCCCAGACCCUUUUGUUCAUCUAAAGCAAUUUAUCGAAACCUGUCUAAAUUUCGAGAGUGAAAAGGACCUGCCUAAAAAUAAUAAAUCUUGUGGCAUAAUUUAUUGUAGAACAAGAGAAGAAACUGAAGUUUUAGCUUCUAAGUUGAAUUCAAUGAAAAUUAAAACACUGUGUUACCAUGCCGGGUUGAAAAACAGUGAACGGUUAGAGUUUCAAGAGAAAUGGCAGGAUGGUGAUGUUCCUGUAAUUUGUGCCACUAUAAGUUUUGGAAUGGGUGUGGAUAAAGCUACUGUGAGGUUUGUUGUACAUUGGGGUGUACCAAAAGAUCCCGCAUCCUUUUAUCAGGAAUCAGGAAGAGCUGGAAGAGAUGGCAAACCGUCUUGGUGUAGAGUUUAUUACAACAGACAAGAUUCAAAAGCAGUUGAGUUUCAUUUAACUCAAGACCUUGCCAAAUGUAAACAAAAAGAAGAUAAGAAGUUAAACAUUGAAAAUGCAAUAAAGGGAUUUAAAAAAGUUUUAGAAUAUUGUGAAAAUCCAAUGGAAUGUAGACAUGCUCUUUUUUCCAAGUAUUUUGGAGAAGAACUACCAGAGUGUAAUAAAAAUUGUGAUUGGUGUAAGGAUAAAACUGCUGUCCAGCAAAUGGUGGAACAGUUUCACAUUAAAAGUGUUCAGUUCAGCACAAAUGUCAGCUCUUAUAAUAACAUGGAUUACGGAGAUUUGUAUGGAGAAGGAAGAAAAGGCAUUCAAGACGAAACAAAUGAAAGAAGAGGGCAGGGUGACAGUGAUGAUAGCGACGACGGUAGACAAGCCGCUUUCGAAAGAGAGCAAGCUGCAAAAAAGGAAACAGCCUCAUUCAUAGAGAAACAAUUUGAAUUGAGAAGAAAUCCUCACGAAGUUUCUCACGAAACUCUAGAUAAAUUAGCGUCAAAAUAUGCCCUUGUCAAAUCUGCUGCAGCCACUUCUCGUAAAAUUAAAGGCUUAACUGUUCUCACUAGAGAGCAAUACAUGACGAAAAUAUUUGACGUGUUGCACACCAACUAUAUUAAGUGCGCUCCAACGCAAGUUUUCGAUAAAAAAGAUGUGGAAGAUUGUUGCAUCGAUUUGGAGUAUGAAAUAUUUACAUCUACGUCAAAUAUGAUGAUGUAUAGGAAUGGUUUAGCCAAACUAAUUUCAAAUAUCAAAAAAUCCACCGAAAACAGAACUGUGUAUGAGAAAUUAGUAGAUUUUGAACCGAAACCGCCCAAGCACGAAACGUUAACCGAUCUUUUUCGGAAUAUUAAGAAAGAACUGCAAAAUAAAAAGGAUCGUCGCUCUGAAGAUGAAGAUCCUGCUUGUGCUGUAGAAAGUGACUUGGAACAUAGAGAAGAAAGUGCAUCUUCAGAUAGUUCUGAUACACCGGUAUUUAGGACAAGUACAGAUAUAUUUAGUGAUCAAAAUAGUGAUACAAAAUAUAAAAGUAGCUUUACUAAAGCAAGUGACUUAUUAAAUGAAGAAGAGUGUAGAAAAUUAGGUAUUAGUUCCCAAAGUAAAAGCGGUUUAGCUUUUACUGAAGAUAAAACUGAAGAAUUGUGUACAAGGAACGAAAUGAAAAAGUCAAGUGACCUUAAAAACCUCUUUGGUGAUUCUGAUGACGAGUAUGAAAGAAAAAGGGAAAGUAGAUUAGAGAAAUCUGAAAGAUACGACGAGAGUGGUGGUAGUAGUUCUAGUAAACAUGAUAAAGACCAUGAAGACUACAGAUAUAAAGAUGGUAAGCAUCGUAGAGACAGUGAACGAGAUUAUAGGCACAGGGAGAGGGAUAGGGAUAAACAUCACGAAGACCAUCACAGGAAGGAGAAACAUAGACAUGAACAUGAGCGAAAAAGACAUCACAGUCCUAACGAACAUGGAGAAAGUAGCAAGAAAAGAAGAUAUGACGAUAAAGAUGAAAAAAGAAUGGACGAAUAUAAGGAUAGAUUGACAGAAAAUGGAAGAAGUAAAGAUGUUGAAAAUGGAUCUAAUGUGGAGAAUCAGGGAAAAAGUUUAAUAUUUAAUAAUAUUGACGUUCAUGAUAUAACAGAAAUGAGAGAAGUUAAUAAUGGUGAUGGGGGGUCAAGUUUACUUUCUUCUAAAAACAAAGAUGAAGACGCUUACCAUGAAAAACAAACUGAAAUAGAAAAAGUAUCAACUCAGGGGAAUAAUAUCACCUCUCCUUCUGAAUCUAGCUUAAUACAACAGCAAAAAAAUGAGAUGAAUCACAUACUUAAUCAAUCUUUAAACGAGUCUUCUAUUGAACAGAAAUCCAAUGAACAAAAUGGGGAAAAAAGUAGUAACAGUGACGUUGAAAAUAAAAAAGUUAAACCAAAACUUAAAAAAACUGAAACCGGGCUGCUUGUAGUGAAAUUGUUGACUCCAGCUUAUGCAAAUAAAAGAUUCGAAUCCAGAGACAUCUUUAAGAGUACGGCAAGAAAAAUAUCACAUUCACUAGUUGAUAAAGAUGAGGAUGAAAUCAAGGAGUAUGUGAAGAGAUUUUUAAACAGAAACUUGGAAAUAACUUCCAAGACAAGUAUUUAGUGUACUUUUUGCGCGUAAUGGAAACGAAAUACAGCUAUUUAGAUUCACAAGAAGUUGUGAAUUUUAUUUUAUUAAGAACCAUGUUCUAAUGGUUUAAUCAAAUGUAAUUAGUUAAGGAUAUUAUGUUAUAAAUUCUCUUUCUAAGUAAAUGUACAUUUUUAAAUGAUAUAUGCGAGCAAGAAAAAAUAUUAAAUUUUGUAUAAAGUGAUUUUAUUAAUUUUUUUUUGGACUCGAUAUUGUAAUUUUUGUGUGAAUGAUGUUAUGUAUAGUUAGUGCUUGGAGCAGGUGUGGAUUCAAAAUUUUGAGAUGCUUGGAUUCAAAAUUUUAGUAGUAUUUUUUUUAAAUUGUUUUAGCUGCCUAAUAAAAUCUAACACUUUUA